AUGCGACACAAUAACCGAUUCCUGCACACAUACACUAGUACAUCGUGUUUAUUGCUGAUAUCCCUGCUGGUUGCUUCACCUGCAGCUUUGACUGCCGCCAGACAUUCGCGUUUGGAUUUAUCUCAAAAUGCACAAGAAGCUGCUGCGGCAGCCAACUCAACGGCUGGCAAUUUGCCUACUGCAAAACGACAACAAGCAGCAGCAGCAGCAACAUUAGCAGACGAUAAGGUAACAUCAGAAGCAACAGCAGCAGCGAUAGCGUUUGCAGACACAGCACCGAACGAUCUUGCAAAGACGCAAGCAGAUGCGAAACCUGUGGGCAUAACCAACGGAGCUAAAAGCAUUCAAAGUGUUUCUAUGAAAGACGCGAAGACAACACCGCACCUAGAGAGCAUUGAUAAGUUGGAUGCUCCUGCGGCCAACGAAAGUAUGAGGGAAGAUGAAGAGACAUUGCAGAAAACAAAGGAAUUGGCAAACGAGACCGUUGAUGAGGAAAUCGAAUUUUUUGACAAUAGCCUCGCGAAUAGUGAAGAGAAUCUUGAGAAUAAUAUGCAAGACUGUAAUGCUGAUUUUAUAGGUUUCGAAAUUACAACUGGCUUUGUCUUCUCCGCUCCCGGAAAAAUGUUGAAAUCAUUGCCAGGCACUCUGAUGCUGACCGAUUGCUUGUCUGCCUGUCGGAAGGAUGUUGCUUGCCGUGCAGUGAACUACGAGACUGGAUUAUGCGUACUCUUCUCGGCAAAUGCUGACAAACUGCCAGGUGCCCUUGCCAAGUCGCAAUUUCCUGUCUUCACACUUUAUGCCCAAAAAUCAUGUCUCAGAAUACGCCCCUGUGCACGAGACUGGAGUAUUGAUCGCGUCCAGAGCUAUAAAUUGAAUGGCUAUGUGAAGCGUACAAUUCCAGUGCUGUCACGACAAGAUUGCUUCGAGUUGUGUUUGGGCGAGGCGGAGUUCACAUGCAGAUCGGCCAACUAUUAUCGCCACACAAAAAGCUGCGAACUCUCCGAAAUGGAUCGCAUUACUCUAUCAGGCAGCAGUGCAUUUCAAUCGCUCGCUGCUGUCGAUUAUCUGGAGAAUAACUGCGCCGAUGAGCCGAAUAAAUUGUGCGAGUUUAAGCGCCUGCCUGGACGCAUAUUGAAGACGGUAGAUUCAGUGUUUCAGGAUAUUGGCACCAUCGAUGAGUGCCGCGAUUUAUGUUUGAAUGCGCCGUACAGAUGCCACUCCUACGACUAUGGUGACACUGGCGAUAUGGUGUGCCGCCUUUCACAUCACAGCCGCAUCACGCUCACUGACAUACAAGAUCCCUACCUGGAUGUGCCCGAAGCAACAACCUACGAACUCUCAUCUUGUUACAAUGUGACCAUCGAAUGCGGUGCAGCCGAUAUGAUUGCGCGCAUACGCACUUCAAAACUCUUCGAUGGCAAAGUCUACGCUAAAGGCUCGCCCAAAUCCUGCGCGGUCGAUGUGAAGAACGCACUAGACUUUGAAAUACGAAUGGGCUAUCAAAAUCUCGAAUGCAAUGUACACCAAAGCAGCUCUGGGCGUUACAUGAACGAUGUGGUGAUACAACAUCAUGACAAAAUUGUUACUUCCUCCGAUUUGGGCCUAGCUGUUACCUGUCAAUACGAUUUAACGAACAAAUCGAUUACGAACGAAGUGUUGCUAGAUGUCAAGGAUGAUUACGAACCAGCGUUGAGUGAGGAAGUAAUUGUCGAUUCACCGAAUGUGCUUAUGAAGAUCACCUCACGUGAUGGUACCGAUGUGAUGCGUACGGCUGAGGUUGGUGAUCCGUUGGCGUUGAAGUUCGAGAUACUUGACGCUCAAAGUCCAUAUGAAAUAUUUGUGCGUGAACUUGUUGCCAUGGACGGUAAUGAUAAUGCGGAGAUUACCCUCAUCGAUUCGAAUGGUUGCCCAACAGAUCAUUUUAUAAUGGGACCAAUCUACAAGAGCUCGACGUCGGGAAAAAUUUUACUCUCACACUUUGAUGCAUUUAAAUUUCCCACAUCUGAGUUGGUACAAUUCCGCGCUCUUGUCACACCCUGUAUGCCAACAUGCGAACCGGUGCAGUGCGAUCAGAAUGAAAAUGGCGGCGAAUACAAGUCGAUGGUUUCGUAUGGGCGUAGAAGGCGUUCACUGAAUGUGACAGGUACAUUUGCCGGCACUGUACACAGUAGCAACGCACAGAACCAACAGCAGCUAAAACCGGUGCAACAGCAAAAACGCUUCGCGCGACAACAACAUUUACACUUGCGAAGUAGACGUGCAGCAGCUGUCUCGAUCACCAAAAGCCAGCCUAGCCAAGACGAUAUGCUGUUGGUGCAAUCAAUUCAGAUCACUGACAAAUUUGGCUUCGACAAACUACAACAACAACAAAAGCAGACCAAGUUAGCACCAAAUGCUCGUAACGUUAGCGAGCGCAAUGAUGAUGAAGCAGAGCAGGGCCACUGUGUUAAUGCGAUCGGUCUUAUACUAACUAUUACGGUUUUCUUGCUCACACAACUUGCUGUUAUCGCCGUUUGGAGCCAUCUGCGCCAGCAACAUCGGCAACCUUACACCAGUGAAACUCUCAGCAGCUCAUCAACUUACGUCACACGCAAAAGCCCUUCGUCAAAUAAUUCAACGUUAAUGCCUAAAAGCGUGCCAAAAACGAGAACAGAAUCGCUGAGUAAGGUUUAUGAUAGAGCUUUCGAUGGACGACAUGGGCGCCAAUUUUAA